UAAGACUUCAUUCGUAGGUUACGCACAGAAUGUUCAAGAUUUAUGUUGCCUGCUGUUACGUCCAAGGGACGUUCGUGUGGAUUGUUCCAUUUUGAUUAUGAUACGAAAUAUGAUACUGUUUUGUCACAAGACUGACUCUCCUUAUUAAGAAUUAAUAUAAUAUAAGUGCACUUUAUUGUCAAAGAACAGACACAACUAGAGGGUCUGGAAAUCUGAAAUGACGACAUCAGAGAAGUUAAAAGAAUCCUUCGACAUAUUGAGCAACCUUUUAAUGGAGGAGCUGCAGAAAUGUCUUGCUACCACCAAUGACGAGAUGGUUCUCAUGGAACUACAGUUCACUGAAUACGAGGCUAGGUUUCAUGACCAAAAGGCUGAAAGCCAGUGCCUCACCAGAACCCUGGAGGAGAAGGAUAGUGAGCUUCAGAACCUGCAAGCUCAGGAGGAAGGCAGAGACCUGGUGCUGCUCAACGCCAAGGCUGACUUCGAGAAAGCAAUUCGGGACCUGCAAGCCAACGCGUCUCGAGUCCUUGAGGAGCGAGAUGUGGCCAUUUGUCAGCUCCAGGAGGCCGUGAAGAAGAAUACACAGGACAUGGAGGAGCUGCAGAAACUCCUGGCGGAGGCCAGAGAGGAGACGGCCUGGAAGGAGGGGCUGCUCUCUGAGAUGGAGGUGAAACUAGGGGACAAGGCGGCCAAGGUCCAGGAUCUCGCCGCUACCCUGGAGGAGAAGGAUCAGGAGCUCCAGAAGCUGCAGGCAGUGCAGAAGGCACGGGACCUGGAGAUACACAACGUCAGGGUGGCCUUCCAGAAAGCCAUGCAGGAGCUGGAGACCAACAUGUCCUGUGUCCUCAGGGAGAAUGAGAGGGUGGUUCCUCAGCUCCACGGGGCCCUGAACACGAAGUCAGAGGACUUGGAGGACCUGCAGAAUCCCCUGGUGGAGGCGGCCCAUAAGGAGCUGGUGCUUCCUCACUGUGAGCUGAAACUGGAGGAUCGGAUGACCGAAGGCCAGAAUCUCACCACAACCUUGAGGGGAAAGGAUCCAGAGCCCCAGGGACGGACGCAGAGACGGAGAGAUGGAGGGCGAAACCGGGCGGUGAAAGCGCGGGGAUGUCGCGUUUCGGGUAAGAGGGGGAGCCAGCUGAAGAGGAACUGAGGAAGACUCCGGCCUUCCUGAACUGGGUGCUGUUCGCUAUCGCUCUACUUUCAGCUCACGAUUGGGACCACUGCUCCGCCUGGUGGCAGAUCUUGGAAGGGCAGUUAAAUAUUCACCGUAUGAAGACGAAGCUGCAGGAAUGACCCGUCUGUGCUCAACUCUCUGUGGAGAACUAAAGCACUUCUUCAGAUGAAUCUCUUUCUCAGAAUAACGUUUAUUAUCCUACUUAUCGUAAAUCACGUCCAAAGCCAAGCUUGGCUCCGCUAUGGCCGAAAUAAGAGCUUUCGGCAAAUCACGUCCAACAUGCAGCGAGUCAGAUCACUUAACAUUGGCAUUCCUGUGGGAUUUGCCAUUGGCUAAUAUCCACAUGUGAUCCUUCUUAUUUUACUGACAGAAUUCAGCCUCUUCUACACCAGAAUGAAUUUAGUAAAAUAUCUAUGGUAUACGGCCUUCGUUCUUCACACAUUGUUCCUUAAAAACCAUAUUUGACAAAAGGCAAAAAAGUGUGUUCAGAAAAAUUACUAACAAUGACCACAGGGGUCAUUCUAUUGAGUGUUUGAGUACC